AUCUUCUUUAACGCAUUAAUGGUUCAAAUUGUAUUGGUGACAGGUUGCACACGUGGUGGUAUUGGUAAAGUUAGAAAGGAAAUAUGUUUCUACAUGCUAAUCUAUGCUUUUAGGAUAUGAAAUAUGUAGGUCUUUUUUGAAAAGAGAAGGAUAUCGUGUAUAUGCUACAGCUCGCAAUAUAGACAACAUGCAAGGACUAGAAGAAUGUGAACGACUUGCUCUUGAUAUUACAGAUGCCACUGCUAUUGUACAAACCAUUCAAAUGACCAUUGAAAAAGAAGGUCAUAUUGACAUAUUGGUCAAUAAUGCUGGGAUACCUGCAGUGUCGGCAUUAUUGGAUGUUGAUAUGGAUUAUGCAAGGAAAUGUAUGGAAACAAAUGUGUUUGGACCAUUAUCGAUGGCUAGAGCAGUGGCUCCUUUGAUGGCAAAACAAGGUCAUGGUAAAAUCGUCAAUGUAGGUUCAGUAGCUGGAUAUGCGUCUAUGCCAUGGGCUGGGGUGUAUGCCAUGUCCAAGGCAGCUCUACAUUCCAUGUCAGAUGUAUUACGAUUGGAAUUAAAACCUUUUGGUAUUAGUGUUACGGUGGUUGCUCCAGGUGCCAUUACAAGUAAUAUUGGGAAAGCAUCCACUGAAUCCAUCACUCUUCCUGAAAACUCCCUUUAUACCUCAGUGGCUAGUUUUAUCAAACGACGAGCUACAAUGUCUCAAGGUCCUCAUUCAACACCAACUGAUGUAUUUGCCGAUAUUGUAGUGAACAAAAUCCUUUUAUCUCACCCUCCACGAUACAUUACAGCUGGUACAAGCUCAUUCAAAUACCUUUUGAUGUAUUAUCUACCUGCAUUCAUUAAAGAUUAUUUAUAUACAAGUCAAUUUGGAUUGGAUCAAGUCAAAGUUGUCAAGGCUGAAUAACUAUAGAUGGAUAGGAUGGAACAUGUAGAUUAGUGUAGAUAUAUGCAAAGUUCGUUUGACGAUUUGUUGCUAUUAGGAUAAGAUCUCUCUUUCUUUUUGGAAUAUAAAAAUAAAAUGUCUU